GGUCACUCUGCGCUCAUUGCUAAAAAGUUUCGCGAACGUUGCAAAACGAGAAAACCAAUCUAAAUCCGCCCGCCUUCAAAAUGAGUUCCAAAUCCCUUUUCGAGAGUGAGGAGGAUGCCGCCCAGUCCAACAAAUUGGCCAGGAAAGCCAAGGAUUCGCCCUUCAUGCUAGUGGGUAUUGCUGGAUUUGUGGCCGCUGGAGUGAUUGGAGCCUACAAGUACCGGAACCGCGGAACGAUGAGCACGAGUGUGUUCCUGAUGCAGUUGCGAGUGGCCGCCCAGGGAACCGUCGUCGGAUGUCUGACCGUCGGAUUGGCCUACAGCAUGGCCAAGGAGUACCUGUUCGACAAGGCGCCCAAGGAGAAUACAAAGUCGUUGACUAACUAAAGAUCAUUUGAUUGUACGGCCUCCCCCUCUAAAAAUCACCCACCAACACAAAUCGGGAUGACAUCGGCUAACUCACUUGCACCCAAGCAAUCAGUAACUUUAUUUAUUGCAUCCUCAAAGAUUCAUACCGAUCCAGAGGGUUAGAAACACUGGAGAAUUAGAUAAUGUUUUAUAUACCUGCGUAAGAUUGUGAUAAUGUGUGUUUUAAAUGUACAAGUUGGACAUCUAAACGAAAGCUGUUGAAGGCAGACGACAAGAUUAUGAAUACCUCUCGCAUGAUAUGAUAUGAUAUAAUUAAAUAAAUCAAUUUAGAUUAAAAAGACAA